CGUGAGUAUGUUCGGGGAUUGGGUCGUCGUUACUCGGGUCGCACCCUACGUCCUGCACUACUUCUCUGAUCAAAAGGAGGAGCUCAAGCUCGAAUUAUAGGCCAUUUGGUGACAAUCCAAGCAGGACUGCAGGAGGCUGCUGCUUGUGAAGAUCUGCUUAUAUUAGCUAGCUAGCUUGCAACAAUUGAAGUUGUGAUGGAUGAUAUUGAGUCGAUUGAUGAAGAGCGCAUCAGUAAUGAUCUGCAAAUAAGACGAACCGGUACCGCCUCACUUGAUGAUGAUGAUGAUGAUGUACUACCACCGCUGCCGCCGCCGCCACUACCUAAACUCGCAUCCGCCUGGGAUUAUUUUUUUCCUUUGGAGAAUGAAAUGGUCGGACUCAAAGAUGGAUAUGAGAAAAUAAUGGGCAUGCUCAUUGGAGGCGGGCACAAGGAACGAGAAAUCAUCUCAAUUGUUGGAAAGGGUGGCGCAGGGAAAACCACUCUAGCUGAAAAAGCUUAUGAGGAUCCAUUAGUUUUGAGUGAGUUUGACAUUCGAGCAUGGAUCCGUGUAUCUGAAGAAUUCAGUAGAAGCGAAGCACUUCUGAGCCUUUUACGAUGUAUUUCUUCAUGGAACACCGAAAUCCCCCAAGGAGACGAUACUGAUGAUCUGCUAGGAUUACAAAUCCGCAAACGUCUGCUAGGCCAAAGGUAUUUGAUUGUGAUUGAUGAUCUUGGGAGUACACAAGUAUGGGAUGACAUUCACAGAUAUUUUCCUGACAAUCUCAACAGAAGUCGAAUCCUGAUAACUACUCGAAUACAGCAAGUGGCUGAAUAUGCUUCCUCAUCAGAAGCAUUUAUUUACCAUAUACGUUUUCUAGAUCCGGUUGAAAGCUGGGAUCUAUUUGUCAGGAAAAUGUUUAAUAGAGGAGUUUGUCCACAAGAACUCGAGCCAAUUGGGAGAAAAAUUGUUGAGAUAUGUGGUGGAUUACCACUAGCAAUUGUUCUGAUUGCCGGACUUCUCGAAAGGCAUGGCAUGAAACCAGAGCAGUGGAAGGAUUUUGCUCAAAAUAUUAAUUCAACAUUAAUGGGAAUGGACUCUCAUUCAGUUUCAGGGGUACUUGCAUUGAGCUACAAUAACUUGCCAACCUACCUGCAAACUUGUUUGCUAUAUUUGGCAAUUUUUCCCGAGGACAGUGACAUUGAUGUCAAGAAAUUGAUGAAAUUAUGGGUGGCAGAGGGAUUUGUAGAGCCAGAAAUGGGCAAGAGUUUAGAAGAGGUAGCAAUGGAUUACUUGUAUGAUCUUGUUGCCAGAAAUCUAGUUCUAGUUGUGAAGCAAAGUUUUGAUGGGAAAGUCAAAUCAUGUACGCUUCAUGAUUUGCUACGUAGCUUUUGCUUCAGAAAAGCACAAGAAGAGAACAUGUUGGUUGUUAGUAAUGAAUAUCGAGAUGAUCUUGUAGGAACAGAAGAACAAUCAUCAAAACUUGGUGGUUGUUGGAUGAGUUGCCAAUCCCGUCGUUGGCCAUUUACACCAAGUUCUUUGAAUUACAAUUGGGGUAAAAUCCGUUCCCUUCUCUAUUUUGGAAAAGAUUUAUACCUUAGAAAAUGCAGCUUCAUAUUUCCAUGUCUCAAAUUGUUAAGAGUUUUGGAUUUAUCUUUAAUAAAAUACCGGAAUGGCAUGCCCAAUGAAAUUGAGAACUUGAUUCAUUUGAGAUAUUUAGCUUUAACCACUACUGGUUCUCUUUAUAACUUUCAAUUGUUUAAACUCCAAAGUUUGCAAACUCUCAUUCUCUUUUCGUGGAUGGGAGAGUGUCAUUUGCAAGUGUGUAAUGAUAUUUUGGAUUUGCCUUGGUUAAGGCAUGUGCACCUUGACAAGGGAUCUUCACUUGAUCUCCCAAGCUCAGUUCAAGAAAAUUUACAAACUCUUUUCUGGUUGAAAAUUGCUAGUUGGGACUCAAAACCCCGGGAUUUCACAAGGGUUCCAAAUUUGAAGGAAUUGGGGAUUUACAUUGAAGGCGAAGUGUCGAGUGAUGCUUUUGAUGGUCUUGCUCAAUUAUAUCGUCUUGAGAAGUUAAAAUUUGAAUUGGGAAGGGUCGAUCACUUUUGUCUCUCAAUUUCUUUUCCACCAAAUCUCAAGAAGUUAACUCUUUGUAAGACCUAUCUUCCAUGGGAGGAGAUGGAUAUUAUUGGCAAACUUCCCAAUCUUGAAGUACUAAAGCUAAAAGAUUUUGCUUUUUGUGGCCCAAUAUGGAAACCAAGUGUUGAGACGUUUCAUCGACUAAAGUUCUUGCUUGUUGCGCAUUCGGAUCUCGAACAUUGGGAUGUUGAUGUAGAUUAUCUUUUUCCCGUCUUGGAGUACUUAGCCCUAAGAUAUUGCUGGUACUUGAAAGAACUUCCAAGUGGUUUUGAAGAUAAUACCAAUCUUCGAUUAAUUGAGUUAAUCGAUUGUUGUUCUUCUCUUGUGGAUUCUGCAAAGAUUAUUCAACAAAAUCUUAGUGAUUAUGGAUAUGAUAAUCUUCUUGUUCGACAUUUUUUAACCAAGGACGAAUUGCAAAAGGAUGAAAGUUCGAAAGAAGAGAGAAAAUAUGCAAUUUGAUUAUUUUGUGAUUGAGCAAAACUGGUUUAGGCAAGGGAAUCAGUAGAAGCUAUAAUGAGGCAAAAUUCCCA